AUGGGUGAACAUAAGCCAGAGUGUGCCCAGGUGGCUAAGAAGGCCAGUGCCAUCCUGGCCUGUAUCAGCAAUAAUGACCAGCAAGACGAGGGAAGUGUUCGUCUGCCUGUAUUAAGCACUGAUGAGGCUGCAUCUCAAACCCUGUUCAGUUCUGGGCCCCUCACUACAAGAAAGACUUUAAGGUGCUGGAGUAUGACCCAAGAAGAGCUGGUGAAGGGCCUGAAGCACAAAUCUGAUGACGAGCAGCUGAGGGAGCUGGGGGUGUUUAGCCUGAAGAAGAGGAGGCUCAGGGAGGACUUUAUCGCUCUCCACAACUACUUGAAAAGAGGGUGUAGCAAGGUCGGAGUUGGUCUCUUCUCGUAGGUAACAAUCAAUAGAACAAGAGGAAAUGGAUUCAGGUUGUGCCAGGGGAGGUUUGGAAUGGAUAUCAGGAAAAAUUUCUUUGGCAAAGGGGUGAUUAAACAUUGGAACGGGCUGCCCAGGGAGGUGGUGGAGACACCGAGCCUGGAGAUGCUUAAGGAAGGACUGGGCGAGUCACUCGGUGCCGUGGUGUGGCCGAUGAGGUUCGGUCAUACGCCGGACUCCAUGAUCUCAGAGGUCUUUUACAACCUAACUGAUCCUGUGAUUUUGUUAUACACACAAACCGAUAUAAACUUUAGGGCUGGAAACGCCUUGCGCUGGGGGGCUCAGCCGGGCAGCUGUGAGGCGACCACCGGGCUCCGCUGA